GCCGUUGAGUCCACUCUACUGGCUCCAACAGCUGAGAAGGCCCUCCAUCUUCGAAUUUUCCCUGCAACCGCAUCCCCAUUCCACAGAACACGAAGGAAGAGGUCGUGGAAGCGGAGCAGAACUUAACCCUAAACGAAGAUGAAGCAAGACUGGAAUCCAUUGGAAGGUAUUAUGGUGGAGCGUUGCUGUGCCCUCUCAAUGAGGGCGCACUCCUCCUCUCCGUCUUCCUCCUUCCUCCUCCGCUCCUUUACCGAUCCAUCUCCGUGCUCCGUCUUCACCUUCCGGGCGUCGUGGUCCGCCGGCGACUGGAUAGCGGACGAUCCGUUUCACGGGAGUUCGUUCGGCGAAUCUGUUGUCGACGCCUCCCUCUUUCCUUCACUUAGGAGCCUCUGGAACAAUGCUCCUGCCAUGGUUAAUCUCGCUUUUCUCCGAUCCUUUCAAACAAUUCUCGCGGAAGGAAGGUUCCCAGCAGAGGUUCACAGGGCUAUAUCUGAGAAGAAGCAGAUAGUUUUUACUGGCCAUUCUUUUGGAGGAGCCAUGGCAGUCCUCGCUACAGUCUGGCUCUUUGAGCUGCAUGCCAAAUCCGACAAUACCAGUCCAGUACUUCCGUUCUGUUUGACUUUCGGGUCUCCACUUGUUGGCAAUGAGGUCUUUCGCCAUUCUCUCCAACGGGAAGGGUGGUCGCGCCAUUUCUUUCAUUUUGUGAUGCCAUUAGAUAUUAUUCCACGAAUUACAUUAACCCCCCUGGCAUCUUUUAAAGAAGAACUUCAGAACUUUCUGCAAAUUUUAUGUUCUAAAUCUCUGCAUUUCAGCCUUGAUACCAUUGGUAACUCUCAGAUAGUGACAUUCUUCUACAGCACUGUAUUGAGAAAUUCAUAUUUGCUUUCCUGUCAUAGGGCCUGUUUAUCCAUGGGAUGUGCAAAAAACCCAUUGUUUGGGUCCUUAUCUGCAUUUGUCAAGCUUUCUCCCUACAGACCAUUUGGAACAUACUGUUUCUUCACCCGAAAUGGGCGACUGAUUAACUUUAAGAACUCGGAUGCUAUCUUACAUCUGUUGUUUUAUUGUCUUCAACUGAAUCCUGAAGAGGAAGCGACAGAGGUUGCUUACAGUAAUCUUAAGGAGCAUCUUCGGUAUGAUACGAAAGUGAAAGAGUUGUCAGAGCUGCAAAAUUUUGUUGAUGUGGAUUUCUUAGAGAAAAUUCCAUUAUCCAUUAAUGAUGCCCUCAGCAAUGACAAGCAGGCAUUUGGGGUAAAUUUUGAAGAGCUUGGACUGAAUGUCGAAGCCAGGCUGCGUCUUCGCGCAGCAGGCGAGUUACAUAACCGCAAACAAAAGAACCAGGUAAAGCUCGACGCCAACUUCUGCAAGAUCCAAGAUGCUCUUCAUCACAUCAAUGGCUACCGCGCAACAUGCGAAAUGCGCGGCUUAGGUUACUACGACGCAUUCAAGCUGCACCGAGAUCCCGACGACUUCGCCGCCAAUGUGAAGAGACUGGAACUCGCCGGCCUCUGGGACGAGAUUCUCGACAUGCUCAGACGAUCUGAUCUUCCAGACGAAUUCGAAAGUCGCUCGGAGUGGGUGAGCCUGGGAACCACUUACAGGAACCUCGUCGAACCCUUGGAUAUCGCCAAUUACUACAGGCAUGCGAAGAACGAAGAUACGGGACCCUAUGUGGAAAAUGGACGUCCGAAGCGCUACAGAUGCGUGCAGAGGUGGGUCGAACAGUAUCAGAGAAUGGCGGCGGGGGAGAGCUCCGAAAGUUGUUUCUGGGCUAGGGUUGAGGAUCUGUGCAGUGAUGGGAAUAAUGGUGGAGGAUACGAAGUGGUUGAAGAGAAGGUGGUGGAGCUGGAAAGGGAGGUGCUGAAGUGGAUGAGUGAGGAUAGAUUGGGUAGAGAUGUUUUGGUUCAUGGCUCCAGUUUUGUUCAAUGGUGGAAGAAUUUCUUGCCUGAGCAGCAUCAGUUGGACUCAUGCAUUGCUGGGUUGAUGAGAUGCCAUGAGAAGCCGUGCAAAUGAUUCUCUGCGUGGAUUGAAUUUGAUCUGUGAGUAUGUUUAUGAUAGAGUAAAGUGUCGAAAUAGUUUCUUGAUUAUUUACAUGAGCAAAUAUUACAUCCGAUCAAUCAAACGUGCGGAUCGCGGUGUAAAUCGCACUAUGCCGUGUGUUGGCGUGGUGCGAUCCAUGUCAUCGUCAGCAUGUCCGUCAUCCGUCUGGACUCGUAAUAUUUUGUUGUUUACAUGGGGUUUUUUUAGUCUCAGAGUCCGUAAAAGCAUCGAAGUAGUUUGUACUCUUUUAAUAUCAGCCGUAGUAGUCCCAAAAAGGAUUACUUUAACCCCAUAAAGAAGUCUGGGACUAAAAUGAUGUUUUUUUUU